AUGCACCAACAUCCUCGAUCGUCGGCGCCUACUGCGCCACCCAGGCCGAAUUCCUCCCGUUCGAUAGAUCCUCCCGGUUCACCAACGUCGGAUACAAGGACAAAUAGUAGCAGAGGACUGGGCACCGAAAGCGGAUCUGACUCGUCCGAGUGGACGCAGAAAGCUGCUCCGCCUACGAAAGAGGUCAUGGCCAAACUGAACCAGAUUAUCUCAAAUUAUCAUACCAAAGCCGCUCUGAUCAUCCUCCAUUCCCGCGUAGAAUUACCACCCUCAUUCAGCAAGGGCUCUGACACUCCCAAGGUGAACCGAUGGUUCAACGUGGAGCUCGACGAUACCGACGCUCUUAAAGAUCAAUUACGAACAUGGAGGUUUUGCGAUGCCACCGAAAAUAGACCACCGCCUCUGAUAAUUGAAACCUAUCUAGAUACUAGAAACCUCACAAAUAAUCAGAGCUUAGUGAUCCUUGAUGAGAAUGGCAAGAGGUGGGAUGUAUUGGAAUCUUUGGCUAUUUCUCGGGAGGCCCAUCCCUCUAAGGCUCCUCAGACUGGGUCCGACGAUAUCAUCCUCGAACGGUGGAAAGUGGAAUUGGGCGACACUUCCAGCAGACUGCCGGCUGAUCUUGGCUCGAUCCUACCCACGGUGUAUAAAAAAAGCAUCGUUCUCUUCCGUUCCCUCUUUGCCCACUCCAAGUUCCUACCAGCUUGGAAAUUAACCAAACGCAACAGGAAGCAACGCACCAACCCAGCUUUGCAAAUCAAGUAUCGGAUCCUGGAUUGGCACGAUCAUACUAGGAAAAACUCGGCCCUGGAUCAUUUGACUGUGCCUUUGUACGAGACCAGUGGCAAGGUGGUGGAUACACACACGUUUGGCACCACGGAGUCCCCCGCUGGUCCUUUUUCUGUUGAAAUCACCUAUCGGACAAGCUGUGAUUUUCGAGUGGAUGAUUCAGAAGCCCUAUUGAGCUCACGAUUUAUGGGAGCUGAUGACGAGAUCUUCCGUCCAUCGAUCCCAUCAGAAGCCAUGGGGAAAGCUGAAGUCGGUUCAGUGCCCAUUCAAAAGCAGCUCGUUGGAGAUCCCGAUCCAAGUCGCGCCUACGGGAGUUUAUCGACCUUCCAUCACGUCGGCCCAACGACCGGUGCGAGUCCGAUAUCCGCACUUCGAAUGGCAAGAGAUACGGGUGCCCUUUCUCCUUCCCCAGCAGGUUCCCCUUCCCAUCCAAGGCCUUUGUCGACUGCCAAGAUUAGUUCUGCAGGACGCACUGCUGUUCCCGCCCUUACAGGCGAGGGUGGACAUGCUAGACGUUCGUCAAUGUCUUUUCAACCAUUUAAAGCUCCGCCUCUGUCCGCGUCGCCGUCGCUGGUGGACCCUUCACUUGGCGCAUCACCCCGUUCUAGUGCAUCUCGGCUGUCCUUUGAACCCAAGAACGUGCCGCCUACUUCGGUUCCCAUGACCACCCGCAAGCCCAUGCCAGCGAACCCCGAGAACACAAUAGCGUCUUCCAACUCAGCGUCUCCCAGACCCGCCUCAAGCUCGAGAUACAGCAGCGCUUUCUCCCACCGCCGUUCGCGACCGUCAUUCGGGGGUUCCAACAAGGCGGAGGACGAAGGUUCCAGCGGGAAAGCCAGUGCAGCAUCAUCAGCUCAGCCGGGCUCCGGGUUACUUGCAGAACCUACAGGAACAAGUGCGGAUUCCAUACAUGCAGACGACGAGAACAUUUCAGAAUUUCUCAAGAUGCUUGAUUUGCGGAAGGAUUUGAUGAAUCCUACCAGUUCCGCCGUCCAUGAUGCUCCUUCUCGCAGGACCACGGCCACAACGGCCGCCUUGAACCGAUUCCAACGUAUGCGAGAUUCCAAUGCGGCCUUAUCGGACUCGAUGUCGUCCUCCUUGCACCUUCAUCGCUCAUCCAGUUCGUCAAGCAAACAAUUGUCGGGAGUCCCACCAAUGGUAGCGGGGACAUCUGUUUCCACAGCCUCGUCGCCUGGAAAACCUGUGUCGCCCCAUACUCCGCAUACUCCUGCAAUUCCAUCUCGCCUAAGUUCGAACAGUAUUGUUGCUUAUAAUGAACCAGAGGGUGAUCACCAGAGAUUUGCCUCCGAUGGGCACGGAUCCUCCCUUGAUGACAACAAUGCGGGUGGAGACAUAACGCAGACCAACGCAAUCGACAUCCCCCGGUCUCCCUUCCUCCCCGCAUACACUGGCAGCACCGAUGUGGGCUCCGGUCCCACUGCUCGAACAUCUGUUCCAGAAGAAGACGAUGACAUGCCCUUCCCAAUGCGCAGUGUGAGUGCCGGGGAUAGGCCUACGCACAGCCUUAGUGCAAUGCAACAGAAUCGUUCGUUCGGGAAGAUCAGUGCUGUUGAUGAUCAGCCCCGGAGAGCAACGCAUCCUUCAUCCCUGAAUGACGACUCUGCUGUAGGCAAUGCUACUGGUCCAUACCGUGACAAUGCGUCGCACAGGACUGCAUUAAACUUGGGCCCUACAGCGACAUCAUCUUCGUCCAACAACCAUAUGUACCUACCUCGCUCUACACAUCCCCGCGGUCGAGGGUCCUCUGGGGGAGCCCGCUCUCUUAGUUCUGGCUCUGGAAGUCUCGCUCGGGGCGGGAUUCCUCAUAGUUUCCCUGAGCGUGAUCACGGCGAUGGUAAUGGGAGUGGUAGUAAUAGCGGCUCCGCGUUGGAAACUCGUCGAGGUUCUGGCCAGCGACCCGGCUCCAGCCGCACCAACACGCAACAAACACCAGUCGAUGAGGAAGAACCUUUGCUUUUCGCCAUGAGCGAUUUUGGCACAUCCCGAAGAAGCUUGGAAGAAGGCAGACAGGGAAAUCAUGGCUCCGAUCCAAGUGGAAGCACUGGAUCGAGACGCGGAAGUGGCAGACGAGGAAUAGGGCCUCCGGGCUUCCACGUCUGGUCUUAA